CGGACAUUGCUUGUCUCGAGGAUCGAGGGGUUAUAUAUCACAUCGCGUUUGGUCAACAUAUGGUGUAAUUUACGAUUCACUACCACACAGCUAAGAAAAUGGCGCCCACACCUUCGGAUACUAGUCCGCUAUUGCUGGUCAACGGCAAGAUAUUCCAAUCUCCAAACACCAAGGACACCCAACCGUCGUUCCACUCAUGCAUGCUUGUGCGGGACGGGCUAAUCCGCCAUGUCGGUAGCGAGAGCGAUGCAGAGAUUGUCCAGGCAAGGGAUGGCGCGGUCCAGACGCGAGACCUUGGCGGCAAGACGGUGCUGCCCGGCUUCAUCGACGGCCACCUGCACAUCCUGACCAUGGGCCAGACCCUCCAAAAGGCGCACCUGGACAAGUGCAAGUCGCUGGCCGACAUACGCGCCGCCAUCAAGGCCCACGCCGAGGCGCACCCGUCGGACCCCCGCGUCAUGGCCAGCGGCUGGAUGAGCUUCAUGACCCCCGACGGCGUCCACCACUCCAUGCUGGACGACCUCGACCCGCGCCCCAUCUACGUAGACUCCAAGGACCUGCACUCGGGCUGGCUCAACGCCGCCGCCAUCGCCGAGAUGGGCCUCGAGGCCAUGCAAGACCCGGAGGGGGGAACCAUCUUCCGCGACGCCGACGGCAAAGCCACGGGCGAGAUGGCCGAGGCCGCCGUCUUCUCGCUACUGUGGCCGCACCUAGCCACCAUCGCGUCGCUCGACGAGCGCGUGGCCGCCGUCCGGGGCGCCGUCGACGCCUACCACGCCGCCGGCUACACGGGCAUGAUCGACAUGGCCAUGGACGACACCAUCUGGGACGCGGUCCUGGAGCUGCGCCGCCGGGGGCCCGUCCCCAUGCGCAUCAGCGCCUACUGGCUCAUCAAGCCCGCCAAGACCGAGGCCGAGCACCUGGCCCAGGUCGCGCGCGCGGCGGAGCUCAACAGGCUCUACAACUCGACGACCUCGCCCGACUGCCGCGUCGUCGGCAUCAAGGUCGUCUGCGACGGCAUCGUCGACGCCUGCACCGCCUCCCUGACCGAGCCCUACGCCCACAACGCCCUCGCCGUCGACCCGCUCUGGUCGCCCGCGCAGCUCGCCCCCGUCGUCGCCGCCGCCGACGCCGCCGGCCUGCAGGUCGCGCUGCACGCCAUCGGCGACCGCACCGUCGCCACCGUCCUCGACGCCAUCGAGGCGCACUGUUCCGCGGCGCGCCGCCCGCGCGUCGAGCACCUCGAGCUGACCACCCCCGAGGACGCCGCCCGCCUCGGCCGCCUCGGCGUCACCGCGUCCGUCCAGCCCGUGCACGCCGACCCGGCCACCUUUGGCGGCUGGCCGCGCCUGCUGGGCUCGGCGCGGUGCGCGCGCGCCUUUGCGUACAGCGAGUUCGCCGAGGGGGGCGCGACCCUCGCCCUAGGCACCGACGCGCCCACGGCGCCCAACCACCCACUGCAGAACCUGUACGUCGCCACGACGCGCCGGUCGGCGCGCGAGCCGGGCGCGCACGACGCCGUGAAUGCGAAUUUUGCGCUGGACCUGUGCCAAGCGGCGGCGGCGGCCACGCGCGGCGCCGCGUACUCGUGCUUCCUGGACGGCGUCGCGGGGAGCCUGGAGGCGGGCAAGAAGGCCGACUUUGUGGUCGUGGACAUGCGCUGGGAGCCCGAGGAGCUGCUUGGCGCGCGCAUCUUGGAGACGUGGUUUGAGGGCGCGAGGGUGUACGAGGCUCCGGCGUGAGGUGGUGUUCGUUCUCUGUCUCGAGCGGGUGGGUUUCUUUGGUCGGCUUUGUUUGGAGAAUGGGCGCCGCAGACUCGGGCAGCGGCAUUGCUCGUGCUGAUCAAAGCCAUCUCCGGGAAAGGAUCACAAGGCCCAUUGAGCUGGAUAAUGGCGAUUCUGCCAUUAUUCGAAGCGUCACAGGACAAUGCCUGACCCUGACAAUGCCUGGCCCUGAACGACCCUCGACAAAGACCAUCAACCGAUACAAUGGUCAUCUACCCAGAACUGCCGUGUAUAUAAACCGUUGAGCAUAACCCUGUAAUUCCAUCUUGUCUUCCCUCACAG